UCAUUUCCGGUUGUCAGCUGUGUUCUCCAUCGCUUUCCAAAACCUAUUUCGAUUUUCUCAAAGAAAGAAAACGUCAGGCCAUUCAACAUGGGCUUGAAAUACGCGAUCAAAAGCUAGUUAUAGCUGAAAUAUUGCUCUAAUUGUAGUGUUAUUGUUACUAUAGUUUCAUUUUACAUGUACGUUGUGUAACUUAUAAAUUAGUCAAAAAUGGAUACGUUUAUCAUAGGAAACCUCGGUUAUGGCGUUUGUUGAUCAUUAAAAAUUCGGUUCGGUCGAUAGUUUUCUUUAUAUUUGAUGUCCGCUUUUCGUUCGUAAUCGUCCGUUUGGUUCGCGUUUACGUGUUUUCGAAGAUGGUAAAGGAGAAGCCUAACUCAAUUCGGAUCUACGACGACGAGGGAUUCAGACGCCGCGCGGCGUGUAUAUGUGUGCGAUCGGACGCCGAAACGGAGGUGUUGCUGGUGACAUCGUCGCGGCGGCCGGACAAUUGGAUCGUGCCGGGUGGCGGCGUGGAGCCCGAGGAGGAGCCGUCGGUGACGGCCAUGCGCGAGGUGCUGGAGGAGGCCGGCGUCAUCGGCAAACUGGGCCGCUGCCUCGGCGUCUUUGAGAACCGCGAGCACAAGCACCGGACGGAGGUGUACGUGAUGACGGUGACGCAGGAGCUGGCCGAGUGGGAGGACUCGCGGCUGAUGGGCCGCAAGCGGCAGUGGUUCUCCAUCGACGACGCGCUGGCGCAGCUCGCGCUACACAAGCCCAUCCAGCGGCAUUACUUGCAGCAGUUGCGCCGCUCGAAGCAGACCAAGCCAGAGGACCCCGGCAGCUAAGCCCGGCACCACCGUCAACGGUUCUACGUAAGCGUCCUCUCUUGAUCUAGCGAUUGAUGCAUCGACUCCGUUAUCAUAUAUCCUACGUCUAAGAUAUAUCUCGUGCCAGAACUAAGUUAUACCAACGGAUAUCUUAUCAAUGAACAUAUAUCGCAAGAUAUCCAGCAACGGAAUAUCCUAAGAAAUCUCAUCCCGAAACUAAGUUAUAGUAACGGAAUAUCUUACUAUAUCUUAUCUUGGAAGUAAAUUACAAUAACGGGAAAUAUUAUUGUGCAAGUAAACAUACAGUAAAGAUGAAUUUGUUGGCUGUUACUAAAUAAAAACUAUGAAAUAAAGUAUGUAUAACUUAUUAUAUUUGCUUGAAUUUAACGCAAUGAAUUUCGAAUUAUAGGUUUAUGACUGUAUGAUAUUUUGUUUGUGAGUAAACUGUGCUCUAUAAUCAAUUGCUUUUAAUUAGAAUUCCGCGGCAUCUGCCUACCCCAACGGGAAAUAGGCGUGUGUUAUUCAUAAUGAUUUGUCAAAGGAUUCGUUUUUACAAUCACUAUUUAUUUAUACAUUAAAUUAUAAGUUGAACUUUUGAUCAGUUCAUUUAUCUGAAAGUCUUCAAAAGUCGGAAAAUAUCAACAUUCAAUAAUGACAAUUUACUAUAGUUAAUAUGCAGCCAAUGGUGCUGAUUCCUGCAGGCACCACCUAAUUUGAAGUUAUACCUGUUAUUUUCUUAUCCGCCGAAAAAGACCGGGUAAUCGACAGGCAUAAAAUUUAUGGAAUACACGUCAAUUUUAGGCAGAAAUUUAAAAAUCCCUAGCAAAAUUUUAUAUUGGCCCAUAACCCGACAGAAUUAACUUGCCCGCACACGUCAAGCGGCUUGCAUAUCAGCGAGAUGUCUUUUUUAUUCGCCCGGGUUAUUGUUUUAAAAUUAACAAUUGUCAAUCAUCCGUCCCUAUCCUUUACGGUGGAUAAAAAAAUGACGGAUAUAACUUAAAAUAAAAUUAGCAGGUGUCUGCAGGAAUCGGAGCCAACACUAACAUAAGCAAACUAAUAUUUAAUAAUAUAAUAAUGAGCUUCUUAGCAAAACAUGCAUCAAACGCUAUAUCAGUAGAUAGUUUGGACUUAUGCAAAUCUGUAAGAGUCAAAGAGGGUGUGAGAGGGCUGGUUGCAUCGUUAAAGUAAUGAAAUGUUUGAAUAGUCAACGAAUAUGAAGUCAAUAAUAAAAUUAAUGAAUUGGUGUUUAUGUAAAGCGGGAAUUUAAUAAAAAAAUAUUACGAUACGAGUUGGCGCGCAAAAUUUUUAUUUUUAGGUUACAAAUAUAAAUUCUAAGCCUUUACUUUGCCUUACUACUUUAAACUAGCUACUACAGACCAUAACCGAUCUUAUUAUUUAAAUAAAAGAAAAAUAGGGUAUACUCCACUGCUGGUUAGUGGAUAAUGUUAAACACGCAACACAAUAGAAAUACUCAAUAAAAUUUUGUCUCACUCACACUCAUACAUUAUAUGCUUAGAUAACAGAGACGAUAUGAAUAGUUGAAUUGUUGCCGCCAGCUCUUAUCGUAAUAUUUGAAAUAGAUUUACGUUUAUAACUAAAAUCAUCUACUAACCAUUAGAUAGACACGACCAAAAUGUAUUUAUAACACAAAUAAUUGUACACUGUCAUAUUCAAAUUCCAUAUUUUACACAAUAAAAAGGUGUUGCCAAUUUAAAAAAUAUAUUUGUCGUGCUUAAUAGUGUGUCGGUAGAUGAUUAAAAUAGGAAAAGUGGUCUAUGGACCAAAUAACUAGGUUAACAGGAGAGAAUACGUACGUCGCGAUUUCACGAAGAGUUUUGAGAAUAUUUAUAAUUAAUAUUUGCGCCUUAUGUCACAUGGACAAUUGUACUGCAUAACAGAUUUAAUAUUAAUUCCUUUGAGUGUGUAAAUGAGAUGAGAAAUCUAAUAUGUCUGUGUCUGGUUUAGUCAUAUAGUUAUGCGUUUAGCUAUAGACAAAGGCACGGAAAUUGAACUCUAGGUGGCCUGGGUCAAGGAACCGGAUUCUGAUCUUUUCCAUAAACACGUGUCCGUACGAGACAGUCUGAUCAGUAAUAGCGACACGACGAUAGUCUAUAUUUUUUCCUUUUUUAAAUUUUAAGAUGAAUGAAACAACCCCUUUAAACGACAAAAUUAAUAUUUUUGUCUUGUCUUUUUUUUUAAUAACAAAGGAAUUGACAUUGUACGGCGGAUAGAAGCCGUUUAGCAGACCAAUCGCGUGUACGAAACGUCAUGGUGGACCUAUCACUUCAAUCCCCUCACUUCUUCAUACCAAAUGAAAACAAAAUUCGACUCCUUCCCAAGUGAAAGUCAGCGCUCAAUUUCAGUGCCAGUACUGUAUGUCUGACUGAACCUCAGUCUCUUAUAAAGUUAGAUGAAUGAAUGGAUAUUUCUAUACACAUGUGUUCGUACGAGACAAGACUGUUCAGUAAUAGCGACAUGAAAAUGCGUAAAACUAUCUGACUAUCUGUAUAAAGGCCACAUUGAAGCAUUAUUCCUCAAAAAAUAUUUUGCUAUUUGACCUCGACCUUUAAACUUUGAAGAUUAUAAAUCGUAAUUUUAUCUAAAAAUAUGUGGCAACUACAUUAUAUUGAUGUAAAAGUGGCAGAUUGACAGUGCUGGUCGUUACUACACUGUUAAAGACAUUCUCUAUGGUCAAUAGGCCAUGCUCCUUUUCCCGCCUCUUCUCGGGCCAAAUUUACCACAAAAACCAAAACAAAAACUAAUCUCUGUGGUCAAGUGUAUUUUUCUGUACUUGACUUUGGCAACAAUCUGAGCAGUAAUCGUUCUCUACUCUAUGACGACCGGUUGCCAUAAGUAUAAAAAUAAUUUUGAAAUAACAAAAAACAAAUAACAAAUACUUUAUUGCACAAACAGGAAAAAACAAAAUACAAAACAAAAGAGAAAUAGAAUUAGUACAAUAGGCGGCCUUAUUGCUAAGUAGCAAUCUCUACUAGUAAUUUUCUCUAGUAGUAAUUUUGAAUGUCGCUAUUUCUCAACAGAUUCAAGACAAUAUCAUUCUUAUUGUACAUGCUUAGAGAUAAUUUUCAUCUUUGAAAAAUUGUAAAUAUACUCGUUAUGUUCACAGACGAAUUUAACGCUAUAUAUAGUUGUAUAUAGCAUUGAAUAACAAUAAUUAUACUUGUUCAACCCGUCGUAUAAUUACGAAAGAUAAAUUAUGUGGUUCAUUAACAAAAGUGACUUUUAAUGAGUUGUGUUAAUGGAUUUUACAUGUACUAACGAGCUAUAUAAAGUGGCAUUUUGUAGACAACUACUACCCUUAAAAAGUCAUGAAUUUUUAAGUUACUGAUUUUUUUACACUUAUUAAAAAUCCGACUACCCGCACAAACCAGUUCUCAUUAUUUAACCAUUUUUAGGAAUUUUUGAGACAGCAGUACUUUUAUAGACUGGCGAAGGUACGACAUACUCAUAGCAUGUUCCAUUACAGGUUGGUCAAUGGAACAGUUAAAUAUUUUACGAAUUCUUAAAGUCAGUAGAGCUCCUAAACGCGCAGGUAUACGGGUGGUAGUAUGAAAAUGUCACUAUAUAUCCGGCGGCUACGCAGGCCAUACAAGGUUCACAACCCCAUUUACAAUGAAACCGCCGCAUUUGACAGUUUUCGCCCGCGUAUGCUGUGAACGUAAUCGCGCGAUUUCAUACUAACCGUCAAGUUUGAUUUUGCCGCGCGCGUUUUCAUUGUAAUGUGGGAGGGUACAGGCGGGUGUUCUAAGUUCUUCUUGAUUCCCUGAGUUCGAUGCAACCGGCCUUUUGGAUGGGACAUGAACUAAACUGGGCUUAUCAAUAUCAACGUGACACACGUAAUUCAUAAACAUCUCCUUUUUUCUAUUUUUACGUAUAUUUUUAUACUACGAUGGAAUAAAUGUUAAUUUUAUUUUGUUAGCAUUAAAACAAAAAGACAUACAA